UCCGCCACCCCGAUGGUGGACCCGAAGCCAUUUGUUUAUGGGUGUUGUAAAACAGUAGUUCAUUCAUCCAGAAAACUAUUAAAAUGUCAUAUAGCUGCUCCAUUAAAUGAAAAUGUAGCUCAGGAAGUAAAAGAUAAGUAAUUUAUUCAAUAUGAACGGAUAUCCUGGAUUUUGGUUAAUCUUGUUAACUGUGCUGACAACCUACCCAUUUUCACAUGGCUACCUGAAUUUAUAUUUAAAUUUACAGGAAGUACAGAGACUUUUGGGUUUGGGGGCUGAACUUUAUUAUGUGAGAGAUGGUAAUAUCAACGAAUAUGCCUUGAACUUCGUUGUACCAGUUCCGUCCAAAGUAGACUCAUCACAAUUCACAUGGGAAAAUGUAGCAGGUCAUCCGCUACCAUAUUCAAUUGAUGUAACGGCAAACAGUGGGGCCUUGUACCCCCCACAACUCAACAUAUCAGCAACAGGAAAUGUCCCCACAUCAACUCAAACAUUCAGCGUAUCCUUUCCUUGCACUGGUUUCACGGCUGCUGAAGUAAUGGUUGUCAUUAAGAUCAACAUUUCAGUUGCACAAAAUAAUGUAACUUCUCUUGUUAUAAAACGAAGGAAAAUAUGUACAAAGCUAGAAGAAUUUACUGGAUCUCACGUUUUUAUUGACACAGUGCCCAGCCACUCGAAUUCCACUAGGAUAUUCUAUUUUGCUGUGGGCGCAGCUUUGGUUAUGCUGACAAUCUUAGCGCUUUUUGUUAUCUUGUUUUAUGUGAAGAAUAAGAAGGAAAGAAGAACAGUUGAACACAAUAACAAACCUUCUGGGUCGUAUUUGAGUACGAUGCCUAGAAAUGCUGUCAAUUUUACCUAUAACGAAAGCUUCAGGAAUGCACCAAGUUACUCUCUCCUAGAUGAACGUUUCAAGGAUCUACAAGAAAGAAUUGCUGAACUCACAGUACAGAGAUGCCGAGUUCGAUUGAGUAGUGUUGUGAUGGAAGGCACUUUUGGUAGAGUGUAUCUUGGUUCUUACACAACAGAAAACGGUAAAGAAGAAACAGUCAUAAUCAAAACAGUAACUGACCACGCCAGCGAGGUCCAGAUAUCUCUUCUACUUCAGGAGGGGAUGUCCAUGUACUCUCUAAAUCAUAAGAAUAUUCUGAGCAUUCGUCGUGUUUCUAUCGAAGAUCAUACUGCUCCUUUCCUUCUAUUUCCCUACAAGUGCACAAAGAAUUUGAAGACGUUCCUGCAGAAAUGCAAGCUAUCACCUGAGGGCGUUUCUCAUACUUUGACAACUCAGGAGGUUGUAGAUAUGGCUUUGCAGGUCAUACACGGAUUAAGCUACCUUCACAAGAAGCACUUAUUGCACAAGGACUUGGCUGCUAGGAACUGUGUUGUGGACGACAAACUGAAAGUUCAAAUUGCUGAUAAUGCUCUAUCAAGAGAUCUAUUCCCUUCGGACUACCAUUGCUUAGGUGACAACGAGAAUAGACCAGUUAAAUGGCUGGCUAUUGAGAGCUUGCAGCAUAAAACCUUCUCGACAAGUUCAGAUAUUUGGUCAUUUGGGGUUUUGCUUUGGGAAUUGACAACAUUAGCUCAACAGCCGUAUAUUGAAAUCGAUCCAUUCGAGAUGUCAGCUUAUUUGAAGGAUGGAUAUCGACUUGCUCAGCCGAUCAACUGUCCAGAUGAACUAUUUGCGGUGAUGGCAUACUGUUGGGCCAUGAGUGCAGACGAGAGACCAACUUUAAACCAGCUGCAAGUAUGCUUGGAAGAAUUUUACACACAAUUGACUAGAUACGUUUAAAUUUAUCGAAAUCUUUGUUCCUUUUCCGUGUGCCAAAUUAUCUAUUUCUAUUUUUUCGUUUGUUGAAUUUCGGUUCAAAUGCUGCUUUACUAUGAUUCAGUAAAUUAGAGAUUAGAGAACUCGUAAAUUAUUUGACACCUCUUUAUUUCAAUGCUGGAAGGGUAAUGUUACCCUACGUCUUUGAAUCUACAAUCUCACUUGAAUAUUGGAAAGUUUAAAAGACGUUUCAAGUAAUUUUUAUCAUUUAGAAGUUUAUAUUUUUCUUCAUAUAUACUCCGUAGAUAUUUUAUACUCUGUUUAAUUGUGAAGAAGUUCUUAAUAUUGUCUUACGAAUCUCGAAAAAUUGAAAUUUUAAUAGUACUUAUGGCAGCUUAAUUUUCUUUGAGUGAAUAUGAUGUAAAAGUGUUGACUUCAACUUAAUUUUGUGAUAUUCGGCACAUUUCAAGUAAAGAUCUGAUUACAAUUGAAAAGUCUGAUCAAUCAAAUAAAAAUCAUGUCUUCAACAAUACUCUCACUAAAAUAUGUCAAGAAAUCACUUUGAAGAGUUGAAGUUAUCACAUAAUUUCUAUAUAGAGUUGGAAAGUAAUUGAAGUUUUAUUGAUUAUAUACACCAACACUUAAAAUAAUAUUUGUAUACAGGGUAAUAUGAGUGUUGAUUGAUGUUAAAAAUUAUUUGUAAUAAGAAAUGUUUAUGAAAUUAUUGGAUUCUGAAAAGCUCACUGCCGUUAAAUGUUUUUCUAGGAGAAACUUCAGUGAUUAAAUGAAAUAAUAAUAAUAACAGAUCUAUAUUGGUCAAGUAAUAAUUUGAAUGAUUUGUAAUUCAUUAAAGGUGGGUAUGAUAUUCAUUAACAGUUUAUAUUAUUGGAGAGUUAUAGUUAAGAAUUAAUACUUUUAACAUUCUGAUCAAUUAUCUAAUAAACAGUUUUCUGUUCGUCUUAUAUCGAUUAUAAUUUCGAAAGAUAUGUUCUUUGUCAAGAAAUGUUCAGAAUUAUUAUUUAGCAAGACUGAAUUUAGUGUCAUAUUGUGCAUUUCCUUACCAUGAUCUCAUUUUCUUCAUGGGUUUUUAUUUCAAAUAGACAUAAUUGAACUUGUAUUAAUGAUACUUUUUUGUAUUCAGAAAGUAAAUAUAUAUUUUAAAUACGA